AUGAGUAAUAUUUACAUUCAAGAGCCAGCUACUCGUGGCAAAGUUGUUUUAGAUACAACUGUUGGUGAUAUUGAAAUUGAACUUUUCUCUAAAGAAUGUCCAUUAGCAUGUCGAAAUUUUGUUCAAUUAUGUAUGGAUGGUUAUUAUGAUGGUACAGUUUUUCAUCGAGUUGUACCAAAUUUUAUUGCACAAGGUGGUGAUCCAACUGGAACAGGUGAAGGAGGUGAAUCAGCAACUGGUGAAUUCUUUGCAGAUGAAUUUCAUACACGUUUACGUUUUAAUCGUCGUGGUCUUGUUGGUAUGGUUAAUCAAGGACCAAAUACUAAUGCUAGUCAAUUCUUUUUUACUUUGGGCAGUACUCCAGAACUUGAUAAAAAGAAUACAUUAUUUGGCAAAGUUGUUGGUAAUACAUUAUUUAAUAUGUUGAAAUUAGGUGAAGGAGAAAUUAUUGGUGAAAUACCAGUACAUAAACAUAAAAUAAUUAAAGCAGAAAUUAUAUCAAAUCCAUUUGAUAAUAUGAUAUCUCGACCUCGAGCUAAAUCACAAAUGAUUGAUGAUGAUAAUGAUGAAAUAAAUAAAAAAUCGAAAGAAACUGUACAAGCUAAAGCAAUCAAAAAUUAUGGUCUUCUUUCAUUUGGAAAUGAAGCUGAAGAAGAUGAAGAAGAAAUAACAAAAAUUUCAAUGACAUUCAAACAAAAAGGAACAGGAAAAAGUGCACAUGAUUUAACUAAUGAUUCAACAUUAAGUAAAAAUACAGUUGUAUUAAAUGAAAAUAAUGAAGAAAGUGAUGAAGAAUUACCUAUAGAAAAACAAAAUUUUAAAAUAAAAGAAAAAAGUGAUGCAGAUUUUGAUAAAGAAGAACUUGAUCGAGUACGACAAAAAUUUAAUGCAAAAAAAUUAGCUCAACAAGAAAAGAAAAAAUCACUUCAACUUGAUAUUGAUGAUGAUGAUGAUAAUAAUCAAAAAGAUAUUUCAACAACAAAAUCAAAUGAUAAUGUUAAACUUGAAAUUGAACGAUUAAAAAAAGAAUUAAAACAAACAAAAAAGUCAUCAUCAGCAUCCACAACCAAAUCAUCAGAAAAUGUCGUCCAAGAAGAAACAGAACCUGCACCUGCAUCUAUUCAACCAGUUAUCUCAAGUACUACUACAUUAAUGGAUGAAUUAAUGGCAGGUACAAGACGAAACAAUAAAAAACAUCAUAGUAGUCAUUCAAAUUCAAGAGAAUCUCAAACACUUGAUUUAUUAGAAAGAUUUCGUGUAAAAGUUCAUACUGCUAAAGAUGAACAAAUUAAUGAACCUUUAAAUGAAACACAAUCAGAACAAAUAGCUGAUAAAGUUGAAACACCAUUUUUAAAACAUACUUUUGUAUCUCAAGAAUUAUUAGAUAAUGUUCAAGAUAUUUAUACAAAUGCUGAAUUAUUAACUGUUUAUGAUCCAAGAAACCCAAUGACUAAACGACGACGAGAUGAAAGUAGUAUGUUACUUCAUCAAAAAAAACAUAAAGGACGUACAUAA